AUGUCUUCAUCCCGUCCUCCAAAUCCCAACCAGCUAGCCCCAUCUCUCCCUGGCUUGACCACCCACAUCACCGGCCACAACAGUACUGGGAAAGCCAUCGUGCAAGAAUCCCGACCUGGAAACUGGACGAUAUACGAUGAGAAACUCAUGGCCUUCAAUGUCGUCUACACAACAUCCCAAUUCCCUGCCAAUCUCAACGGUGAUAGCGACCUUAAAGCCCACGAUCAAGUCAUGUCAGGGGGGAAACUAGGUCUGGUCAAUCCCCAUGGCACUGUCUGCCGAGUUGUCGACUUCGCCCCGGGGUUUGAGAGCAUAAUGCACCGCACACAAAGUCUGGACUAUGGCAUUGUCUUGGAAGGGAGCGUGGAGUUGAUAUUGGACAGCGGAGAGCGGAAACUGAUGCAGAGAGGAGAUGUCGCGGUACAGAGGGCCACAAUGCAUGCAUGGAAGAAUCCUAGUGACACGGACUGGGCCAGGAUGAUAUUCGUCCUGCAGGAUUGUGAGAAGUUGGAAGUUGGAGGCACCGUUUUGAAGGAAGACUUGGGCAGAGGACUGGAAGGAUUACCGCCGAGUGGGAAUGAUGCUUAA